GGCAAGCAGAUAUAAAGACGAGCGAGGCUGGCGAGCGUGAAGAACGACUCUGACACGCGCUGUGCAGCUCCGCAACCAGCAGACGACAGCAGCUCACCAGAGGAUGCUACAGAGAUGCGCAGCACUUUGAUGUACUUACUGAACAAGUGCACAUAUUUCUCCUCUCAGCCCUAAAACUGGGAUCAUAGCCCUCGCCAACACGUCUUCUCGGACAGCUUGCCAAGCAAGUUUAUUUGUGCUUUCAUAUUGAGACUUCUCAGCCAAGUUCUGAGCUUCCUUCUUCAUCCUUUUAAAAAAACACGGCAAGGGAAGGUAAACAGCAACAAAAAACAAAUAAACAAGACAAGGUUAGCAGGACUUCAAAAGAGAGAAGAAGAAGACAACACGAUGAUGGGAACACUGGAAAUCGUGUCCAGCUGGAUGUUGACAUCAGAGACUCGCUCCCAGCUGCUGCAGCAGGUGACAUCACCUUUCAAGGAGCCGUCCAUGGCUGCGGCGCUGCUGCUUGUCUCCGCCGUGGUGGGGUCGUUGCUGUGCUGGUCCACCCGCAGUAACCGCUGUCUUCCACCCUCCCCAGGGAGACCCCUGCCUUUCAUUGGCCAUCUGCACGUGCUGCGGGGCUCUGACCCCCGCGAGAUCUUUGCCGGCAUGAGGAAGAAAUAUGGAGAUAUAUUUUCCUUCUAUGCGGGGAGCCGUCUGAUAGUCGUGCUGAAUGGCUAUAGCGCCAUACACGAGGCGCUGGUGAAAAAGUGUGAUGUCUUCUCUGCCCGCCCUAAAACAUUCAUUUCCCAGCAGAUGGCGCAGGGUCAUGGAAUCGUCAACACUUCCGGUGAGCACUGGCAGGAGCAGCGCCGCUUCACGGAGCGCACUCUGCGCAGCAUCGGCAUCAACUGCACAUCUACGAUGGAGGCCAAGGUCCUGGAGGAAGUGUCCGCUCUGAUGGACAAACUGGACAAGACCUGCGACCACACAGCCGACCAGACACUCAACCUCCUGGAGCUGUUCCUGGCGUCUACGAGCAACGUCAUGAUGUCCAUCAUCUACGGCCACCGCUUUGACCUGGAUGACCCCACGUAUUGCGCGGCGAUGACGUCACUGAUCAACUGUUUCAAGAACUUCAGCAACAUGCAGCCGCUUAACUUCUUUCCCAUCGUUCGCUACCUUCCCGGCGACCCCUGCGGCUACCGCGCAUGCGUGGACAACAUGCACACCCUGGAGAGCACGCUCGUGUACCCCGAGCUGGACAAGCACCAGCAAGUCCUGCACGAUGCUCAGCCCGAAGACGUGGUGUCGGCCUACAUGCUGGAGAUGGAGCGGAAACGAGGCGCCGGCAUCCCUACCUCUAUGGACAAAGACAACCUGGUGAAGGUGGCUGGGGACCUGCUGGCUGGAGGAGCUGAGCCUCCCAGUGUCACGGUCCUGUGGUUCAUGCUCUACAUGCUUCACUACCCUCACAUUCAAGAACGAUGCUACCAGGAGAUCAUCGAGAACAUCGGCAAGGACCAGCCGCCCAGCAUGGCCAAACGUCUGGCUUUGCCCUACACGGAGGCCACCAUCCUGGAGGUGCAGAGACACGCUGACGUCGGGCCCCUGGGCAUGCCUCAUGGCUUGUCACGUGACACUGAGCUGCGCGGCUACGACAUCCCUAGUGACGCAAUCGUCAUCACUAACCUGCACUCCGUGCACCAUGACCCAGAGGUGUGGGGGGACCCGGAGGUGUUCAGGCCAGAACGGUUCUUGGAUGCUGAGGGCUGCGUAGUGAAGAGCAAAUAUUUGAUCCCUUACUCCAUCGGCUCGCGGAAGUGUCCCGGGGAAGGCCUGACGCGCAUGGAACUAUUUCUCUACGCAACGUCCAUCUUGCAGCGCUACCACCUGUCUUGCCACGACUCCACCCUUCCACCCUUGCAGGGAUCCAUGACCCUGGUGCACACCCCGCUUCCUUUCAACGUACGAUUCCAGCGGCGACAGUGACCUAGUUGCACUCAUCACCGCUCUCCAUUAUCUCCAGGUGUCUUUGUAACCUGAUCCAGAAGGACCUUGACUCACUGAUAUAACGAUGCUGAGAUAAAAUGAGAAGAAGACGGAGAUAUGGAAGUGAAAAUAUCGCUCAGGUGGCCUUGACACGAGGAAAAGACAGGUGUGAAAAGGGGAUGACCUCUUUUUGCCGGUAAACAAUAAACGACUUUCAUCAAGAAAUCUGUGCAGUGACACAGACAGGUGUUACAGACUUCGUGUAGACAGGUGUUACAGACAGGUGGGUUCUGAAGCUGAUCAGUGAAUGAUGACAGGAUCACUGACGUGUAGGUGUCAGAUCAGGGUAUUACUGUAGCUGAUAGCUUCAGUGUCAUUGUUAUACCGGUGAUGUUAUCACUGUAAUCAUGUAUAUCAUCAUCUCUGUCGUAAUAACUAUUGAAUAUUCAAAUUUUUAUUCACAUUGUGUUCUUUAUAAAACAUUUCAGGUGAACAGUUUGAUUUGUCUUUAUUGUCAUCAUUGUCAUCAUUGUCAUUGCUCCAGUCGCUGCAACUUUGUGACUGCAGAUCUUUCGAAGAUGAAAGGUCGUCGAUAAAUUGAUGUCGCUUUAGUUCUCUACAAGGACCUUAUCUAGUUGUAUCUAGUUUCCAUAUUUCCUGGGACCGUAGAGUAAACCGUUUUCCCAGAACAACUCAAGGAAACAUUUUUUUUCUAGGUUAUGGUGCGAUAUCGAGACCCCGCGAACAUUGCUUGAUUCCUUCAUCUUUCUUUAGCCCAGGACAUCUUUGCCAACGGUUGAUACCUGCGGGCCUCGGAGAUAAAACAACACCAGCAGAGUCUGGACAUCAACUUUGGAAACAAGACUCUUGUCCUUAAGUUCCCCAUGUUGCCCAUGGCAGACACUUACCGUUUCCUGAUUGCAGCUUGAGGUCAGGAACAAUCAAACCGAGCUUUGCGUGGGGUCUGUUGAUAUCACCACAUAGAGUGUGAGAGCACUAGUCAAGGGUCAUAGUGUAAUUAAGUGACUAAUGAGGCAUUUCUGAUACGCCUCUCGCCCAUUUUAAACUCUGUAUCUGGCUCAGUUAUAUUUGUCCUGAGAAUGGUCUCCACAACAAGAUAGUUCUCCGACCUUUCAUCCAGACAAUCAGUUUCCCUGACGUAACACCACUUGGUGGUGUUGAACCUUAACAUGUUGGACUUUGCUGCAAAACAAAAAUAAAUUAGAUAGUGUUGGUCGACACCUUGAUGCUGAUGUGUACAGAGAUACAAACUGUAGACAUUGAAUUUCUGCUUCAUGCUUUUCUAUGCUGGCAUCAGCUGCUGAAAACAGAAAUGCUGGCAUAGACUGCUAGCUGAGCAUUGUUUGUAUUAUUGUAUUUUGAAAUCUUAAUAAAAUAUCUGUGCUGUAGCAUUGUUGUAAAUAUAUCUUUUGAAUUAUUUAUGAUGUAAACAAGCUGUUUCUCUUAAUAAAAUAUCUUGUUAUUAUCUUUAGAAUUGUUUAAUAAAGAGAUAAAACACAAA